GAUUAGAGAUGAAAGAGAGAUUAGCACAGGCAGGACAGUUGAAAUCUUUUUGCACAUCCCCUUUGGUGAGCCAGUGUGAAGACAGAACAGCUACAGAGACAACAGGAAAUCAGUAUUUGAGUCAUUCUCAGGAUGUCUGAUCCAGGUAUUUUUUCCCUUGUAUUCGGCAAGUUACCAGUUUCAAGAUCCUGUUCAAUCCUCUGAAGCAGAUUUCUACUGCAUGCCUUGGAUACAUGCUCCUAAUCAGCUUACUAGCUUCCCUUGACCUACGUUUCUUUUCCUAAUGCUGAUCUGACUAUGGCUGUCCUAAGAGUAAAAUUCACCAAAACUAAGAGGGACAAGUUGGCUCAGAUCUUAUGGAUCCUCAACUGGGUUUCCGUAGUGAGUGGCAUCAUUCUCUUCAGUCUUGGCCUCUUUCUGAAAAUAGAGAUCAAGAAGCGCAAUGAAGUGAUGGCAAAAGGGAACAUUAACUCUGUCCCCAACAUGCUGAUCUCUGUAGGGGUCAUAGCCUGUAUCAUCAACUUUCUGGGUGGCAAAAUCUGCUAUGACUGCUCAGAUGCCAACAAGUUCUCUCGCUGGAAACUGGUUAUGCUGCCAUACAUUGUAUGUACCUUCUGUUUUACCUUCUGCAUCCUGGUGGGUGCUCUCAUGUGCUAUACCAUGAGGAACGAGCUGGAAGAGUCUCUCUACCUGGGACUGAGGGAUGCCAUUAAGUUCUAUAAGGACACAGACAUACCUGGACGAUGUUUCUUAAAGAAAACUGUGGAUUUGUUACAAAUUGGAUUCCAUUGCUGUGGAAACAAUGGCUUUAGAGACUGGUUUGAAAUUCAGUGGGUAUCUGCUCGUUACCUGAAUAUGGCUUCAAAGGAGGUUCUGGACCGUCUAAAGAGCAACGUUGACGGGAAGUUCUUGGUGGAUGGAGUACCCUUCAGCUGCUGCAACCCCAGCUCCCCACGGCCCUGCAUCCAGUACCAGCUGACAAACAACAGUGCUCACUACAACUACGAUUUCCUGACAGAGGAGCUCAAUAUCUGGGUGAAGGGGUGCAGAGAGGCCUUGCUGGAUUACUACACUGCUAUUAUGAGAUCCAUUGGUAUUGCAGCAUUGCUUAUUUGGUUGUUUGAGCUCUCUGUACUCAUUGGUGUUCGGUACCUACAAACAGCAAUGAAGAAUGUCCUUCUGCUAGGAGACCUGGAUGGUGAAUCGGAUGGUUGGCUACUAGAGAACAGUUUUGUGGAAACUGCCAAAUACAACAUCAAUAUCAUUAAGAACCUUGGCAAAGCCAACCAGAUCUCCACUGUCUCAGGCAUGAAUGAUCCCAACAUCAAUGUUCAAAACACAAACUGUGGCAAAACCAAUGUUACAACAAAAUCUAUCCCAGCAGCUACGUAG